AUGAGCGCAUCCUCCAGAAAUGCUGCCCGUAAGGCGGUAUUUAUAAACCCCUUUGCAGGGAGGACGGCUGCUCGACCGGGUCUCGUCCUCCCAUCAGCCUACUUGGGACGACAGAGCCGACAACUUCCCUCAGAUUUCGCUGUGCGAGCCCUUCUGAUUCCUAUUCGAAGCAUAUCAACCGAAAGGCAUUCAGUUGGGCUGUCUGAUGGACCGCCCCCUGGAUUCAAUGCGGAGCAGGCUAAGAAACCCCUUCCCAAGACAGACACGGCCGCCGCGAACAAGAAAGCAUCGGAGACCAAGGUUAAAGCAAACGAGGGCACGGCAAUUGAAAAGGCGACGCCACUUUCUGUCGGCGAGGCUUCUGACGAAUCCAAGUCUUUGACCGAGUUGGCCGCGAAAAAGGACACCGAUAUUGAGAAGCAAAGUGGAAAACAAGAGAAGAAGUUGACUUUGGGACAAAAGAUCAAGCAUGAGAUCCAGCACUACUGGGACGGCACGAAGCUGCUGGCGACGGAAGUCAGGAUCAGCAGCAAACUCGCGUUAAAGAUGGCUGCUGGUUACGAAUUGACGCGACGAGAGAACCGACAACUGCGACGUACAGUCCAGGAUCUCGGACGCUUAGUUCCCUUUUCAGUCUUCGUCAUUGUCCCUUUUGCCGAAGCGCUCCUGCCUAUCGCCUUGAAAUUGUUCCCCAACCUGCUGCCUAGCACGUACGAAGCGCAGCAGUCCAAGGACAAGAAGGCCGCGACGCUACGUGCGACCCGUAAGGAGGUCAGCUCUUUCCUACGUGAGACUCUGAAGGAGACGGGACUUCCUCUGUCGCCUUCGACGACGCAGAAGGAGGAGUUCGCUACAUUCUUCCGAAAAUUACGGGCCACCGGGGAGAAGCCGAGCACGGAAGACGUCAUCAAGGUUUGUAAGGCAUUUAGGGACGACCUGACCCUUGACAACUUGUCAAGGCCGCAGCUCGUGUCCAUGUGUCGGUACCUAAAUUUGAACACGUUCGGCACCGAUACCAUGCUCAGGUACCAAAUUCGUCACAGGAUGAGGCAAAUCAAGAGGGACGACAAGGCUAUCAGCUUCGAAGGCGUUGACAGUCUCAACGUCGCAGAGCUGCAAACCGCAUGCGCCAGCCGAGGCAUUAAGACGCAUAGUGUAUCCCCUAGCCGACUACGGGAGGACCUUCAAUCUUGGCUGGACCUACGGUUAAAGCACGGCGUUCCUUCGACGCUACUCGUGCUAAGCAAUGCUUACAUGUAUAGCGAGAAGACAGAAGGUGGUUUCCAGAGCCAGAUCGAAGCCCUAACAGGCGUGCUGUCGUCUAUCCCCGAGGAACUGUACCACGAGAUCGAGCUCGAGGUGCACAAUGCCGAGGGCGCGGCGACCAACAAGCAGCGUCUCGAAGUCCUCAAGGAACAACAGGAUCUCAUCGAGGAAGAGAACGAGCAAAACCAGGAGAACCAGGAAACAGGUCUUGCAACUCCCAAGGAUGUGGACGACAUCGACGAGAAAGAAGACCGCGCUCAAGCUGCUGCAGCAGAGCAGGGUCUCAACAAGGAAGUAGUCGGCGAAGCUGUUGACGCCGAGGCCGACCAGGCGCAGGCUAAGGGUGCGCUUCCGCAGGAAGAGCAACAGCAACAGCAACAGAAGAACGUAGCAGAGGAAAAGCAGGUAGAGAAAUAG